UAUCAAGCAAAGAACAUUAAGCUGCUUCUAGUACCUUCCUCAAGUCCAAACAAGUUUAUACUUGUUACUCCAUAUAUAAAUAUAUUGAGGUCAAACACAAUCACCAACAAAAAAAAAUGUUUAUGGAUCACGCGACCUGCUCUAUGGAGGUCGAAGACCUCGAAGACCUCUCAGAAGAUUCCGAAGCCGAUCUCGAGACAGACGAGAAAUUUCUACUCGCAGCAGGUGAGCAGUCGCGGUCAUUACGUCAGCGAAUGAAAUUGUGGGCGGAAGGCACGAGGAGUUCGAGAGUGGAACAGUUGGUAUUGAGAAGAGAUCAUGUACAACUAUUCGAAAACUCAAAAUAACCGAGUUACUGACUGAAAUAAGGCGGGAGGCAGCUUAACAUCAAGGCCACACUUCCUUCUGAUCAGUAUCUCGGUUAUUAUGAUGAUCAGUUACUUGCUUAUUUCAGUUUUUCGAACUGCAGCCCUACUGAAGCGCUACGGUCGUCACGAAAGGCGAUACUAGGGACACAAACAUGACAUAGAAGAAGAAGAUUCCUUUAGUAAGCACUUUAGUUCAACGUUCGACUUUCAACAUUUGAUUUUCAGGAAGAAGAUUGAGAUAGACAAUCACUCACCCUCAUUCACAAUCACAGAUCUCCGAACUUCGUCUAGAGAAACAAGAGUUCAAACACGACGUUGAAUUCAAAGCGGAAGUUGACUUCACGCUGUUUCACAAGUACCAAUUCCGUUUCCGCGAAACCAGACAUCAACAAGAUGAUUAUCCGUUGUUUGUUGCUGGCGGAAGCGACUCAGAUACAAGUACAGCCGAAGAUGGGAAAGACUACACAUCUUCAAAGUCCGGCAAUACCCUCUUCGGUUUCAAGCCAAAGGGUGCUCAACUGGCUCCAAACCAUUCAGUGGAACUGGUUGUCUCUCCUGCGGCGGACGUGCUUCUAGAUGUGGGUGAAUCCGAGACCGAAGACCAAGCGGGCAGAGUGCUAUUUUCACUAAAGCGGUUUGGAGGAGAAUCAAACUCUAAGGUUCCUAGGAACCUAGUCUACAACGAAAGCUUGAUGACGGAAAUCUUCGGGAGCUCCCUAACAGCAGACCAAGUUGCACGAUUCUUAGGGUUUGUGUGUCUGUCACCAGGCUUUGAACUACAAGAAGACCAUAGGGGAUGGGAAAAGGUGCACAAGAAGUUUGACUCACAUAUUGCUAAAGUGUUUUUAAGGUCGUGAAAGAGGUCUCUUGAUGACUACAUGGCUGUGCUGUUGCUGGUGUAAACAAUAAAUAUAUCCACGGCAACAAAGCUUCUUUGUGACUGUGCAUUGUCAUCAAAGGGGGAAGCUUAUUCUUUGGCGCGCGGAC